UUUGUACCAUAAUGAAUAUCGACACAGACUAUUCUUGGUAUUUCUUUAGUUGCCUCAAGUGUAGCAAAACUGCCUAUAAGAUUCCAAAGGUUGAAAAUGAGAUUGUCAAGAAACGUAAGAAAGAAAUGUUUUGGUGUCCAACAUGUAAGGAAGACACUCCUAAGGUGAUACCAAGGUAUCUUUUAAACGUUGGAGUAAUGGAUAGCACUGGAGACACUAAAUGUCUUAUCUUUGAUAAAAGUGCACAAGAGAUAAUCGGUGUGUCUGCAGAGGAUUUGCUUGAAGGGAAGUGGGAUGAGGUAAACAAAUUUGUUGUUAAUAGGUAUAUAGACCAUAAUAUUCAUAUCUCUUAUAUACUUUUAUGUUUCUGGUGA